AUGUCGUCGCUCUUUGGGUCCAGCACGGCCGCGCCGGGCGCGAGCGCCACGCCGGCCUUUGGACGGUCCUCGUCGUUUACGUCGGGCGAGACGGCGAAGCCUUCGUUCUCGUUCGGCGGCGCGGCGCAGCCCGCGAACAAUGCGGCGCCUCCCAAGCCCUUGUUCGGCACGGCGCCGAAUACGAGCGCGCCCAGCACCUCGGCGACGCCCGCGCCCAGCACAGGGCUCUUUGGACAAAAUACGGCACAGCCGAGCACGACACAGCCCGCUCAGAGCACCGGGCUUUUUGGGCAGCAGAACCAGGCCAAGCCGAGUCUGUUUGGCUCGCAGCCUCAAGGCGGUCUUUUUGGCGCGUCGCAGCCCGCACAGACGUCGCAGCCCCAGGGUGGCGGGCUCUUUGGCGCGUCGCAGCCGUCGCAGCCCGCACAGACCGGUGGCCUCUUUGGCGCUGCGACGACGCAGCCGUCGCAGCCCCAAGGUGGUCUUUUUGGCGCGUCGCAGCCCGCGCAGACGUCGCAGCCCCAGGGCGGCCUCUUUGGCGCGUCUACAUCGAAUCCCGCGCAAGGCGGCCUCUUUGGCGCAAAGCCAGCGUCCCAGGGCCUCUUUGGUGCGCCUUCGACGCAGCCCCAAGGCGGCCUUUUGGGUGCGUCGCAGCCGGCGCUCUCUACAUCGUCGCAGCCCACGUCUGCGCUUUUGCAGCACGGCUACUACCAGCGCGAGCGUUUUAAUGAGCUUCCCGAUGCGCAGCGCAACCUGCUCGAAGAGAUGGACAAGUAUAUUCGGAGCCAGACGCAGAUCAAGAACGAGCUGCGUGCGCGCGACCAAAACAGCGAGCCCCGGCGACUGCCGAGCGAGGUGCACGAGCUGAGCACGCUGCAGCAGUCGCUCUCUGCCUCGCUCGAGGCGGACGUGCUGCGUCUGCAGACGAUUGCCGCGCGGGUCGAGCGCGAUCGUGCGGAUCAUAUGCAGCUGCACCAGAUUGCGCAGCAUGCCAAAGACAAGCUGAGCGAUGGCAGCAGCUUUGUCGACUGGCUGCGCCACUUUUACGAGCGUGCAGCGGAAGAGGACGUGGCGCGUAUUCACCGGUACCGUGUGACGAUGGAGCAGAUUGAGCGCCACCUGCUCUCGCUCGAGCAGCGCGAGCAGUUUGCCCCCCAGGUGAUUGCGGAGGUGAUCUAUGACCAAAACGCCUCGUUCAUGGGCCUCGCCGAGCAGAUCGCGACGCUCCAUGCGGAGAUCGAGACGCUGAAGAAGGACUACGUCAAGUGGUAUCAGGCGCGCUUCCAGUCGGUCCGCGAUCCGUUUGCGCCCGGAGUAUCGGUCGCGGAGGGUGCGUAA